AUGACCACUCAGCUGUGUGACUACCGCCUGGAAAUUGAUAUGAAGAAGUUCAAAUCCGAAUGCUACUUUCCUGGAGUCACAUACGAUGACUUUGAUAGAGCAGGCAACCUGUCGCCAUGGAAGAUAAGUCGUAUGUUUGAGGCUGGUCGAGCUGUUCCCAUGCGACAAGGCAACUUCAUGGAUUUCACAGACCUCAUGAAAGGCAGCGAGUCUACAUACUUUGUGCUUGGUGGCAUUUAUUACUUUGAGCCUAGUUUAUGGGACAUAGCUCGUCGACAUCAGUAUUUCCCAUACAAGAUUAUCAGUGAACUUGUGGGCCUUGGUCAAACAUCCUUCACCAUUCGUGAAAGUCUCAUCAACCUCCUCGACAACAAGGAGCUGGCAUCCUUCCUCUGCAAACUGGUGUACGUCGACAGAACAACCCGCCGUCCUCAGCCUUUCCCGUCCUGGCACCGCGGGAAAUACCAGGAUGUACCGUCAAAAGAUAUCCAGAUUGAUGUUCCCCGGUCUAGCGUCCCUGCCACAGCUUACACUACACAGUUCACCGUGACCGCCAGCGAUACAGAUCAGAACGGACNCAUUCUAGUUUCAUAUUUGAAUACUUUCAGAUACUGCUUAGACAUAGCCGAACAAGCCAGGAGAGCGAGGAGACUUCAGAGCUUCGCAAAAGACAUCUGUUUGUACCCUAUUGCACAAAUGAGCGUUUUGUACAAGGGGGAGACACUCUCAGGGAACACACUGAGAGGUUCUGUUUGGGAGAGUGACCUUGAUCCUAGUAAACUUCACUACACAAUCAGCCGAGAGGACGAAGUUGUUUUUGUCGCUUCUUUGGAUUUCACAUAG